ACUUAUCCAAUGUCCAUCAGAGCAGAGCCGAUUCCGCGCGCGCAUUUCGCGUUUUUCGGUCGGCGCAUUCGUUGUACUGUUGAAUGUUUGUACAAAGACGUGUUGUUGGCGGUCCCCGCGAUUACUGUCUGAGCCCUUCCAAUACCAAGAAUGUCUCAUCCGCCGAGAAAGCGCCCUUCAGAGCAAAGAACCACGGCCACCAAGAACAACGAAAUGCUUCAUCGAUAUGCUGCGCACGUCAGUCAGCGGUGUCCUGGUGUCUCGACUGCUGAAGAGAUUCUUUUCUUCCUCAACUCCGUCGGCGGUGAAACAAAUGCGGAAUUUGUUGCACCCUGUUCUGCAGAGGGCGCCCAGCUCUGCCACAUUGUGGAGUACCUCAGUGUCUGCAACAACUUCCUGCGGUGGAUCAGUCUGGAACUGAAAGAAGUUGAGCCCGGAGAAUUUGGCUUUUUUCCUUUGGAAAUGCAUCUCUUUCGUCAGCCAGUUGGUGGUGCAGAAGACCUGUGCAUUCGUGGGUGGAUCCUGCUACACUGGCUACUUCAGGAGCACCGUUGCAUCAAAACCUUGAUGCUCCCCAGAACCAUAGACCCCAAAUAUCAGGACGUCUUGUCUGACGCACUGCAGCUCAACUCUGGGCUGAACAAGUUGACGCUGAGGGACUGGCAGGAAAAAGAAGGAUUCACCAACAUCUCUGCCAUUGGAACACUUGCACAUCUGGAGGAGCUAGAUAUGGGUCAUGUUUGCUUGUCCCCAAGUGCGUUAGGUGACCUGGGAGACACCCUCCCAGAGAUUUCAACACUGCAUACCCUUAAACUACCUUCCAUUGAAAUGGACUUUGGAAAUACCGAUCAUGACGAUUAUGUCAUGCAAUUAGUCCAAGCCUUGAAGCGUUUACCGAAGAUUAUGGUUCUAGAGUCCGAGGAUUUUGUUCUGGAGUCCGAAUCUAUUAAUGUUGCUUUUACAGAGUUUGUUGCAGAGAGCAAGACCCUGAAAAAGCUGUGCUUGCACCAGUCUCAUUGUUACGAUGAGAUAGAUGCACUCUUCACGGCGGUGGGGCAGAACGAUUCUUUGGAGGAACUGCAUCUGGAGGGGUUUAUACUCUACGAGGAUUCAGAGCGGUUGCUUGGAAAGGUAGUUGCACAGCAUAAAGGUCUCCGGUAUUUAGAAGUUGGGAUCUACAGUGACUACAAGGAGUGGCAAAUCGAAGGAGUAGCCCUCGCCAAGCUGGUAGGAUGUAAUACGGGCCUUCGCGAAUUGGUGUUUGUAGGCAGCACUGUUGAGUGCCUCCCUGCAUUUGCGGAGGCUGUUCGUAAGAACACUACGAUGGAGAAGCUGAGCCUCGGUCUACUCGGCAUGGAUGUCCCCGACUACCGUGUGUUUCUGCAAGCACUGGCAUGCAACAAGUCACUUCAACUAGUCACCUUUAAAGAAUACUUUAAUACAUAUUUCCAUGACAUCAUCCUUCUCAUGCAGGAGACAGGGACUGAAGGAAGGUUGGAGAUCAGUGCUAGCAUUGAUGACCCUCAGGUGUUUGAGAGCAGCCUGAAGAAUUCCACAAGCCUGACCAAGAUACGUUACUUUCCAUCAUACGACUCUCGUCCAAUGCUGCCUGGUGCAUUUCGUCAUCUACUUCAACACCGUCAGCUCCAAGAACUUAAGAUUAGACUGAAUCAUCCAAUCGAAAUGGAGUCUGCAACUUCGCUGGCACUGUUUCUGUCGACCACCAGCAGCCUGAGGCAUGUCGCUCUUGAAUUUCGUGCCACCUCAGCAUCAUCGAGGAUUCUCGUGGAGGGCAUUGCUGGCAAUACUAGUCUUACAAGCUUGAGUAUCAGUUUCUGGACCUUCAAACCUCCAGAGGCGGACCUGCUUUGGCAGAUGCUGGAGAGCAGUAAAACUUUGAAGACGUUAACUCUUGAGCUCCUCGAGUUUGAACAUAGCCAAGUGCUCGACCAAGUGCCAGGUGGUCUGUUAAACAACCACUACCUGCUGACGGCAACUAUUCAACAGAACCCAGAGCACUGUCCAAAUAGAUAUUUCUGUGGUACUCGCGGGGAGGUUCGGGAGAAGCUUAUCUUUGUGAGCACGCAGACUUUCCAGUUUGGGGUCCAAGAACUUGUGCGACGGAAUCUGUCCACCCUGCAUCGUGCCGUGCAGUUUGUCAUGGGGGCAUGUGGCAGACGCUUUGCCGAGGCUUUCGAGCGGGUGUCAAAGGGCUCAACCCUUGUUGAAGCAUUAAAGAAGGCUACCAGCGAUUCGGAAGAGGAGAUCAAAAGAAAAGUAGCAAGUAGCACGCGCUACCUCGACGAACACUUCCUGGUAGAAGCAGGUGUUGUCAGAGACACUGUGGUGUGCGGUGAAAGCAGCAGAGCCCAACUAGAUCAAAUUGGUCUUUACAACUGGCUGCAUAUCCGGCAGUUUCUCAAGGUCACUGACAUCAUCUUGAAGCCUAAAGGACUCUCAGCAGGCCCGAGCUCUUCUAAGAAGCACUGCUGACAGAUUUGAACGAAAAUUUUGGGGCACCAUGUCUUGUUUUUGUGGUGCAAGGGAAAUCCCCCUAGGAAUUUUGUUAUAAAGCUUUUGAAUUGAUUG